UCAUACAAUAAUACACUAUAAUAAGCGAUUAGAUAAUUUUUUCCUAAGAAUACACAAUAUUCGGGAGAAAUAAGUUUCCCGGUUAAUUUUUUAGCUGGAAGCUUUUGUUAAUUGGAUUAUCUAACCUUGAGGGAAGAAACGAGAGAAGUUAAGUCUCGUUGUAGUGCGAAGUUAGUCUUCUAUAAUAGGCAGACUGUGUAUCACGUGGAAAAAACUGAUUGUGAUUGGCAUUAUUCGGCGCUUGUUGUCUUACGCAUAGAUAUUUCAUUACUACAUACAGUACCGCAUCGAAAACUGCAUAUCAAGAAAAAUAUUGACCAUGUGUCUGUUGAGUUUGUUCCAAAUUCUGUUAAGUUUAGUUAUUAUUUUUCAUUUUGUGACAUAUUUAAUACGAAAUAAAAAGAGAAACGGAAGGAAACAACAGGAAAAUGAUUCGACUUUGAACAAAUAUGGAGAGAAUUUGUGUGUAUCUGGAGAAAAUAAAGACAACGGCCAGGAGUUAAAAAUGAAUCUUCCGACUAUGUCCUUUUUACCAUUUUUGUGGAACAUUGUAUUUUCUCAACGUGACAAGAAAUACCACAAUUCAUACAUCGGGAUACAAACUUUAAAUGUAACUACGGGACUCUCUACGCUAUUUCCAAACGAGAAAGUUGCCUGUAUAAAUAUACUUGGAUAUAAAUUAAUUUUUUUCUUACAUCCAGAAUCUGCAAAGGAAGUAUUAAAAAGCAAAAGUUUAAUCGAUAAGGAUUCUACGUAUGAUUUCUUCAAGCCACUACUCGGAGACAACAGUUUUUUGUCAGUUCUGACGAUGAUUGGAGAAAAAGAAGAAAAUCUUUCGCUCCACAUUUUCAUCUUCGGAAUCUGAAAAAUGAUCAAAACGUAUUUACGGAGCAUUCAAACGUCUUAGUCGAAAAACUCAAACAAUUGCAAAAAAAUGAAGUAUUCGAUAUUCUGAAAUUGAUGAAAUAUUGCACUCUCGACAUAAUUGCAGACAUAGCAGUAGGAGUUACUCUACAUUCUCAGACUACGAACGAUCAAGAAUACGUGUCUGCAUUAAACAG